UUGGUGUAUCUAAUAGCCCUUCUAGGGAACAUCACCAUCCUGUUUGUGAUCCAGACUGAACACAGCCUCCACCAACCCAUGUUCUAUUUCUUGGCCAUGUUGGCCUGCACUGAUCUGGGCUUGUCCACAGCCACCAUACCCAAAAUGCUAGGCAUUUUCUGGUUUCAUCUUGGAGAGAUUGUGUUUGGUGCCUGCAUCACACAGAUGUACACCAUUCAUAUAUGCACUGGCCUGGAGUCUGUGGUGCUGACAGUCAUGGCCAUAGAUCGCUAUAUUGCCAUCUGCAAACCUCUGAGAUAUAGCAUGAUCCUGACCAACAAGGUAAUAGCCAUUCUGGGUAUAGUCAUCAUGGUCAGGACUUUGGUGUUUGUGACUCCAUUUAUAUUUCUCAUCCUGAGAUUGCCUUUCUGUGGUGUCCGGAUCAUCCCCCAUACCUACUGUGAACAUAUGGGUUUGGCAAAGUUAGCUUGUGCCAAUAUUAGAGUUAAUGUUAUAUAUGGCUUGAUUGCUUUCUCAGUGGGAUACAUUGACCUCUCUGUGAUUGGAUUUUCUUAUGUCCAAAUCCUUCAAGCUGUUUUCCAUCUCCCAUCCUGGGAGGCCCGGCUCAAGGCACUCAGCACAUGUGGUUCCCAUGUCUGUGUCAUGCUGGCCUUCUACCUGCCAGCCCUCUUUUCCUUCAUGACACACCGCUUUGGCCACAACAUCCCUCAUUACAUCCACAUACUUCUGGCCAAUCUCUAUGUGGUUGUCCCCCCUGCCCUUAAUCCUGUUAUCUAUGGGGUCAGGACAAAACAGAUAAGAGAGCGUGUACUUAGGAUGCUUAACCAGAAAAGCUAUUGA